AAUUGCCUGGUUCUUCCUCCAAUAUUUGAAGGCCUAUAAAUGCAUGCUCAUUUAUUCACCAACCCCUAUAACAAUUAAAGAAAUUACAGCUAACCUACCUUGCCCCUUUCUGUUUUUUUUCCCCCUCAUAAUAAUACCCUUUCCCAUUGCCCCCUACCAACAGCCUAUAGAGCGCACACACUCACAAAAAACCUUCAAAUUUUAUCACAAGAAAUCAAGAAUCCUUUGUGUAAGCUAAGUAAUGAUGAAAACUCUACUUGUUGCUCUUUUUCUCCUCCAUCUCUCCCACUUCACCGGUGCGAAUAAACCAAUAAGCACAUCAUCUUCUUCUUCCAGUGACAUUGUCCGCACAUCUUGCGUGCACGCCAGCUAUCCCACAGUUUGCAUCAGAACUCUCUCCAGUGCCGGCUCUAAAGCCAUCAACACUCCCCAGGAUUUAGCUCAAGCCGCCGUGAAAGUCAGCCUUUCUCGGGCCCACAAAGCGUCGGGUUUCCUUUCCCAGCUGAAAGUGGAAAGCAAGAGAGAAAAAGGAGCACUGAGUGAUUGCAUCGAACAGAUGGGAGACUCCAUGGACGAGCUUAGCAAAACUCUAUCAGAACUGAAGCAUCUACGUAAAGGGAAUGCAUUCAAGUGGCAAAUGAGUAAUUUGGAGACGUGGGUUAGUGCUGCUUUGACUAAUGAAGACACUUGUCUUGAUGGGUUUAAGGAAAUUGAUGGCAAGGUUAGGUCUGAUGUGAAACGCAAGGUUACAAAUGUUGCUAGAGUUACGAGUAAUGCACUCUACCUCGUCAACCAACUUGAUCAUUAAUUCCGUUGAUUAAUACUGUAUUUUAUAAGUUAAACAAGUAUUAAUGGUGCAAUUGUAAUGUAAGAUUGUCUAAAUUCCAGUUUGGUCCUAUUCUUGUGGCUGAUUUUACUAGACAAUUUGUCU